AUGUCUUCAAAAAGUGUAAAGGGAGGACCAGAAAGUCGACCAUCAGCUGCAGCCAGCAUGUCCCCUCGAGGGGGGCGGGGUCCAGCAGCCGGCAGAUCUCCAACCACUGGCAGAUUUAAAAACAAGGCUCUUCAGCUCAGCCUCUCCAAGAAAUUCUGUUCAAAGUCUCCCGCGACUCAAAAAAAGAGCAACGCCAAUGGUGAAGGGGAAAGUCGUCGACGCAGCAAACGGAGUCUCAGCAACAGCUCGGCGGUGGCUGCUGCCUACGUCGCCUACCUCAAUAAACUUUUUGGACAGGAGCGAGAGUUAAUGCCCCUGGAGUUAGAUGAGUUGCGAGAGGCCUUCAAGGAGUUUGACUAUGAUGCGGAUGGAUUCAUACAUUACAAAGACAUUGCUGACUGCAUGAGGACUAUGGGCUACAUGCCUACGGAGAUGGAACUGAUCGAGAUCAUCCAGCAGAUCAAGAUGAGAUGGGGUGGCCACGUGGACUUUGAUGACUUCUGUCAGUUAAUGGGCCCGAGGAUGCUGGCUGAGACAGCUCACAUGGUUGGGCUCAAGGAGCUCCGCUGCGCCUUCAAACAGUUUGACUGUAAUGGGGAUGGAAAGAUCACGCUUGAAGAGCUGAAGGAUGGGAUGAAGACCCUGCUUGGUGAGAAGCUGAAGAAAGGCGAGCUAGAGGAAAUUCUCGGUGACAUUGACCUAAACAAAGAUGGCAACAUCGACUUUGAUGAGUUCAUGAUGAUGCUCUCUGCUCGGUGAUCUCUGAUGGAGGGUGAGGCCGGCACCACAAUCACUCUGCUCCUCUGAGUUACUUCUUUCUGUCCCGUGACGUUUUGCUUUCAAAAUAAAGAGGCAGUUAGUGCAAUGUGAGUUAUAAAGCACAGUAAUAGUAAAACAUUGGUGCUGCUUUGUCGUCCCCUUGUGGCAGCAAAGGGUACACGUUCAUGCAAUAAAGAGGGGAUAAGUCAUUUCAGUCCAUGACAAAUAAGGAUUUUUUUUUCUCCCUCCCAGGGCUGAAGGGGUAAACUUGACUGAUACAAGUGUUUUAUAAAUAUUUAUCUCAAAUAAGAUGCUGGAAUGGCUUAACUGGGGCUAUGCAUAUGGAUUUCUGACGGGACUAUGAGCCCCAGGGGAGAACCAGCGUGAGGAUGCGAAGGCCUAGAUAGGCACGCUUAGUUACUGUUG